CUUUCACUUCACUAACCACCUUCGCCUUCACACACCGCCCCCGACAGGAUUCACUGGUUUCCUGCCUCUUCCACCUUCUAUUUCGAAACGCGACUCUAUUAAUACUAGUCUCUGAGGGUGUUCUCCACUAUUAUUAUAGAGCGACCUCGUCCGAGUCAGCGCUCUCUGGCCACCUAACUCCCUUUUCACUCGGCGCGACUGCGGUUCAGGUGGCAUCUGUUACCCUGGAAGCCAUCCAUUUUCCUGCUGGCGGCUUCCUUCCUUGAGCAGUCUAGCGCCGCUUUCCUUGUUACUGGUGUUACUAGGACCUGAAUUUCAAGGCAACCUCUACCAUCAUUCACUAUGGCUGACGACCUCGACGCCGAGCUCCUCGCUCUUGCGGGAGACUCCUCCGACGAGGAAGCAUCCCCCCCUGCCAAGGAGAGAGUCCAAUCUCGCAGUCGAUCAUCAUCCCCUCAGUCUCCCGACGCAUCAGCUAUGGGUCGCAAAGGCACUGCUAGGACCGUUAAACGGGGCCGGAAGUCGAGAAGGAACGAUGAUGAAGAGGAUGGCGAACUGUCCGCUGCUGAAUCGCUCGACUCUGCUAGCAUGUCCGAAUCGGAUUCAGGAUCGGAUUCCGAAGGCUCAGCCCCUGAGGCUGAAGAUGAGGGCCCUAUCUUCCCUUACGAGAAACUAUACUACUCUGCUAAGGACAAGGAGGAAAUCAUGGCGAUGCCCGAGAUUCAACGAGAGCAGCUGCUCUCCGAGCGUGCGCAGCAGGUUGAUCGUCAUAAUCAAGAUCUUGCUCUUCGUCGUCUCCUGGCUUCCCGUGAACGCGAGGAGGCCCGCAAAGCGAAGAAGAACAAACGCAAGGCCAGUGUGGCAAAUCUUGAUGAGGGCAAUCGCAAGAGCUCGCGUCAGAAGAUGACGCUCGGUGGCCGUAAGGUGGGAGAGACCUCCGAUGCUAUUGAAGCCUACAAGCGGCAGCGAGAGCAGAAGGGAAAGCGUGACGAGCUUCGUCGUCGUGAACCAGUCAAGGAUCAUAAAGCCCGUUCUCGUGAUGACCGGAUCUCCGACGAAGAUGCAGAGGGCGAAAGUGAAGUCGAGUGGGAUGACAGGGAACGCUCACCGUCGCCCCCGAAAGACGACCCGCCUGCUGAACUCCGGGAUAUCCAACGUACUCGGGUGGGUCGAAGUAACUUUGCCCAGGUCUGCUUUUACCCUGGGUUUGAUGACGCGAUCUCCGGCUGCUAUGCUCGUGUUAAUAUUGGGCCGAACCGUGAGACCGGUCAGAAUGAGUAUCGUCUUUGCUUGAUCAAGAAAUUUUCCGAGGGAAAGCCCUAUGCGAUGGAGGGCCAAAAUGGCCGGUCUUUUGUGACGAAUCAGUACGCCGUAUUAGCACAUGGAAAGGCUGAGCGCGAGUUUCCUUUUGUUGCAUGCUCCGACUCUCCGUUUACAGAGGCGGAGUUCAACCGCUAUCGUCAAACCAUGGCCGUCGAAGACUGCAAGAUGGCUACGAAGUCAAUGGUUGCCAGUAAGGUGACAGAUAUCAACCGGUUGCUGAACCACAAGUUCACCAACGAGGAAUUGAACGAGAAACUCCGCAAACAAGGCUCGUUGGAUUCGAAGUCCAAGUUCUUCAAGCGCGUGGAGGUCGAGAAGCAGUUGAAGCUUGCUCGAGAAGCUGGUGAUGAUGCGGAAAUGGAGCGACUGGAGGCUGAGCUGGCUAGCAUGGCGACACCGAAGCUCGCAGUUAGCAGCCAUUCCAAGCCGCGUGUGGACAAGCCCUCGGAACAUGAACGUCUUGCUGAGCUGAACAUACGCAACCAGAAGCUCAACUACGAGAACGUGCGCCGGGCGCAGAUAGAAGAGCGCAAGGCCAGCCGUAAAGCGGCUGCAGCUGUCGCUCGUGGAGAAGCCGCCCACAACCCGUUCAUGCGCGUUAGAACCCAAGCGCGGACCCAUUACGACGUCAAUGGUAACGGUACCCCGACGGCUGAGAAUAACGCGAGCCAAGAAAAUACUGCUUCAGAGACACCGUCCAAAGCGAGCACUCCGGCCAGCGGCACCCCGGCGGGAUCCCAGAAGAAAACCAGCAAAGGUGGCGUUGCCUCCAUCCGGCAUCGGAACAUGGAUGACGAAAACAUUGCGGCCUUGGAUUUGGAGCUCGACAUUGAAAUAUGAUCUUGGGUAAGGAAAAACUUUGGGCACAUCUAGCACACCACUAGCAUCCUACAUACAGCAUAUGCGAUCUUGCCGACGGCUUCUGAUGGAAAUGGCACGAUUUUGUUAUUCGGGAAGCAUUUGAGACAGCGUCGGAUUCCAGGGGGCGGUGUUUAUUGGCGUAACGAGAAACAUAUCAUGGGCGCUGUACGAUACAGAAAUAAAGCACCUUUAUGAAUUGGCUUCACCAGUUGUACAAAUCUACGCU